UUUUAAAAGACAUACGUUUUUAGUUCCUAAAAUUAGAAAAAAAAGACUUUCGAAACAAUGAGCUUUCCUGUUGUGGACUUCAGCGCCUUCAGCCUCGACGUGGAGGACAUUGGUCCGGCAGACUUGGACCGCCUGAGCAUGGACGUGAAAGAAGCUUUUACCCGAGUGGGCUUCGUCUUCCUGGACAAGACCGGCGUCACGCAGGCGGAGGUGGAUGACGUCAUGGAAACUUCCCGAAGGUUCUUCCUGCAGCCAGACCACUUCAAAAAGACAUUCAUCAGGAAAAGCUUCCCCAACUGUCCCUGCUGGGUCCCCAUGGAGACGGAAAGGGUGGAUCCAGGAACACCAGCAGCAGAUCUGAAAGAGUCGUUCAACAUGACUUCACUACAUCCUGACAUAAAAUGCCCCCCGUCUGAGGUUGUGGCAGGAUUCCAGGAGACCAUGACAACCUUUUACCAGCGCUGCAAAGAGCUAAGCCUGCGAAUUUUGAAGGUGAUAGCCCACAGUCUGGACUUGGACCCCGAUGUGUUUCUGAGCGCUCACCGCCAGAUUGGAGAUGAUGAGAACCCAACAAUGCUCCGUUCCAUCUAUUACCCUCCGGUCCACAGAGAAGUGGCCAGGGAGGGCCAGCUGAGAUGUGGCCAGCAUUCAGACUACGGGAGCAUUACCUUGUUGUUCCAGGAUUCUGAAGGUCUGCAGGUGCUUGAAGGUUCUGGUGAGUUUAUCACCGCUCCUUGCAUCCCCGGGGCCAUACUGGUCAACAUCGCUGACAUGAUGCAGCGUUGGACCAGCGACCGGUUUGUCUCUCUGGUCCACAGAGUCGUGUUGCCCCCUGCUGGCAACUCCACCACAAGUCCGUCUCUGGCUUUCUUCCUCAUGCCGGACGACAAGGCCGUUGUCGUCUGUGCCGAUGGAUCCGACAAGUACUCGCCGGUGCAGCUUGGUGCCUACGUCGCAGAGCGUGUGGGCUACAUGUACGCCCAGUAGCGCUAGCACCGCCUGCGUUGGACGUCGCUGGACUGCUAGGUGAUGAUUUUGCAACACACAUCAGACUUCUGCCAACAAAUGUGUGAGCUUACUUCUGAACACAGAGACGUCUGAAUAUAGUGAGGAGGAGUUGCUGCUUUUAGAAACCAGCACGGAAUAAGGGUGAGACGUCGGAGCACACAGGAGCCGAGAGAGUGAGGUGAAAGUGAAAAUAAACAAGAGUGUCCCCGGCCAUCUGGACCAAAUGGACAACUGUCAAUUGAGUGAGUCACACUUGUAAUCGAUCAUGAUACAUGCAGCACGUCAUGCGUGUUAUUAUAACUACAGUACAUAUGCUGUCUGGCUGGCUGUGUGCAAACAAAACAUGA